UCAGGGCCAGGCCCGGGGAGCGGGAUGGAGCCGCGGAGGGGAUUGGGGUGCCUGGCUUCUUUCUUCUGGCUCCUUCUGGGCUCCCGCUCCCUGACACAGACCCUGGAGGAACAUCACACCGGGACCUUCUACUUAACAGCUUUUUGUGGUGAUGACGGCUUCUCCGAGAUGACCACCGUCAUCCUGCUGGAUGGGCAGCCGUUGAUGUCGUACAACAGCACGAAUCGGGAGUUAGUUUCCAAGGUGAACUGGUUGUACCAGGUGCUGGGUGGGAAGCUGAUCCGGGAGAAGACAGUAGAGCUGGAGAGCUACGAGAGCGAUUUCCGCUGGCUCAUGGAGAAAUUGUCCAAGUACCAGAACCACGGCAGGGGAAGCCAAACGAUUCAGCUGAUCAUGAGCUGUGAGUUGGACAGAGGCAUCCAGGUGGUUUCUCGGUUCAGGGUUGCCUAUCAAGGGCAGGAUAUGUUGUGGCUCGAUGAGCUGAAGGGGACCUGGGUAAUUACCGAGCUCGCCGAAAAACAGUUUGGGCAUUUCUGGGAGGAGAGACUCUUCCAGUUUCAGGAAGCAGAAUGGUACAUCAAACAGGAAUGUCCAUCCCUGAUGAGGAUGAUACUUCAGUACUGGCACCUCAGAGGGCACAGUCCCAUGACCCUCCCCAAAUGUGUUCUGCUGCUGAUCCAGGUCUCCUGGCUCUCCUGUCCGGUGACAGGCUGCCGAACCAAGUCCUUCCGCAUAAGUGUUGGGAUUCCAAUUAAGUAUCUGGGACCUUCCCACAGGUGUCCAUUUGCUGGCCUGAGUCCCAGGACCCUCUUCCCUGACGCCAGUAUAUAUCCUCACCAUACAUUUUUACAGGUUGACUGUUCAAAUUUGGCUAAGGAAGGCAGGGUAUGA